CUCAGCCAUGUGACAGUGCGCUGGCUGAGUCAGCCGGCUCGUCAUGCAGCGUCAGUCUGGAGUCGCACAAUUAUGAAAAAGCAACCUUCCGUUGGAGCUGCAGCCGAAGCGGAUCUCUCCAACGUCCACCGGGCUUUCUUUCCAAGGCUAACCGAGAGCGUCGCCGAUAGAUGGAUAAAAGCCACGACACAUCUCUUCCUGAGUCUCAACGGUGAAGAGAAUGUCCCAGAAACCCUGGAUAGAAAGCACUUUCACCAAGAGGGAAUGUGUGUACAUACUUCCAGUGUCAAAGGACCCCCACAGAUGCCUUCCAGGAUGCCAGAUCUGCCAGCAGCUAGUCCGGUGCUGCUGUGGGCGGCUGGUGCGGCAGCAUGUUGGCUUCACAGCCAGCUUGGCCACCAAGUACUCGGACGUGAAGCUGGGCGAAAACCCCAACCUCUCCAUGCCCGAGCUGGAGGAGUGGUCGGUGGAAAAACACACAGAGGCGAGCCCCACUGACGCCUAUGGUGUCAUCAACUUCCAGGGAGGGUCUCACUCAUACAGAGCCAAGUAUGUGCGUUUGUCCCACGACUCACGGCCGGAAAACAUCUUGCGUCUGAUGCUGAAGGAGUGGCAUAUGGAGCUUCCCAAGAUCCUCAUUUCUGUCCAUGGAGGAGUUCAGAACUUUGAGCUGCACCCACGCAUCAAGCAGGUGGUGGGCAAGGGCCUCAUCAAAGCUGCAGUCACCACUGGGGCUUGGAUUCUCACCGGAGGGGUCAACACAGGUGUGGCAAAGCAUGUGGGCGAUGCUCUCAAAGAGCACUGUUCCAGAUCAUCAAAGAAAAUUUGCACUAUUGGGAUCGCACCCUGGGGAGUCAUUGAAAACAGGAACGAUCUCAUCGGCAGAGACAUUAUCGCUCCGUAUCAGACAUUACUGAACCCUCUCAGCAAACUAAAUGUUCUCAACAAUCUGCAUUCCCAUUUCCUCCUGGUGGACGAUGGGACGAUGGGCAAGUACGGCGCUGAGGUCAAACUGCGGCGGGACCUGGAGAAGCACAUCAACCUCCAAAGAAUACAUGCACGUAUUGGUCAGGGUGUUCCUGUUGUGGCCUUGAUCUUUGAGGGGGGUCCCAACGUGAUCCUGACUGUGCUGGAGUACCUCCAGGAGAGCCCUCCUGUCCCAGUGGUGGUGUGUGAGGGGACCGGCCGUGCUGCUGACAUAUUGGCCUACGUCCACAAGCAGACCGAGGAGGGAGGUCGUCUUCCCGAUGGAGUGGAGACUGACAUCAUCGCAACCAUCAAGAAAACCUUCAACUUCAGCCAGAGUGAUGCCAUCCAUCUCUUUCAGACUCUGAUGGAGUGCAUGAAGAGCAAAGAGCUGAUCACUGUGUUUCACAUCAGCUCCGAGGAGCAUCAGGACAUUGAUGUAGCCAUUCUGAGGGCUUUACUCCAAGGCACAAACGCGUCUGCAUUCGAUCAGCUGGUCCUGACUCUGGCCUGGGACCGUGUAGACAUUGCCAAGAAUCAUGUGUUCGUGUACGGACAGCAGCUCUUGGUGAGCUCUCUGGAGCAAGCCAUGCUGGAUGCGCUCGUGAUGGACAGGGUGGAUUUUGUCAAGUUGCUCAUAGAAAACGGUGUGAGCAUGCACCGUUUCCUGACAAUCAGUCGGCUGGAGGAGCUCUACAACACGAAACAACCUCCCAACAACCCAACGCUCCUCCACCUGGUUAGAGAUGUUAAACAGAGUCAUCUGCCACCAAACUAUAAAAUCACUUUGAUUGACGUGGGCCUGGUUAUUGAGUACCUGAUGGGCGGGACUUACAGGUGCAACUAUACCAGGAAACGUUUCCGAAUAAUUUACAACAAUCUCCAUGGCAACAAUAGGAGAUCGGGGCGCCACACAGCAGGUCCUGGUUCUCAUUUGAGGAAAAGUCAUGAGACUUUCAGCAUGCAGGCUGACAAGAAGGAGAAGACAAGGCACAACCACUUCAUCAAGACUGCACAGCCUUACAAACCAAAGCUUGAGUCAUCCACGGAGCAGAACAAAAAGAGGAGCAAAGAAGAGAUUGUGGACAUAGAUGACCCAGAGACACGGAGGUUUCCCUACCCUUUCAAUGAGCUCCUGGUGUGGGCUGUGUUGAUGAAGAGGCAGAAAAUGUCACUGUUCUUCUGGCAGCACGGCGAGGAGAACAUGGCAAAGGCACUCGUGGCCUGUAAACUCUGCCGGUCAAUGGGCUACGAGGCCAAGAAGAGCGACGUGGUGGACGACACAUCAGAGGAGCUCAAGGAAUAUUCAAAUGAGUUUGGGACGUUAGCAGUGGACCUGCUGGAGCAGUCGUUCAGGCAGGAUGAGACCAUGGCCAUGAAGCUGCUGACCUAUGAGCUGAAGAACUGGAGCAAUUCCACCUGUUUGAAGUUGGCUGUCUCCUCCCACCUACGGCCCUUUGUGGCUCAUACCUGCACCCAGAUGCUGCUGUCAGACAUGUGGAUGGGACGGCUGAACAUGCGCAAGAACUCCUGGUACAAGGUGAUUCUGAGUAUCUUGGUGCCCCCUACCAUCCUACUGUUGGAGUACAAAUCCAAGGCUGAGAUGGCUCACAUCCCUCAGACUCAGGACGACCACCAGAUUACCAUGGAAGACAGCGAAAACAACUUUCAGAACAUACAGGAGGACAUCCAAAUGAAUGUGUUCAAAGAGGCCAGAUCCCACGAUCAUGUGGAGGCGAAAAAUGACAUGGAGACACACAUUCGCUCCAGGAAACUUCCCUUAACCAGAAAAAUUUAUGCCUUCUACCAUGCUCCCAUUGUCAAGUUCUGGUCCAAUACGCUCUUCUACCUGGGCUUCUUGAUGUUUUACUCGUAUGUGGUUCUGGUGAAAAUGCCCGAAUGGCCUUCUCCUCAGGAGUGGGUGGUCAUCCUCUACAUCUUCACCUCUGCCAUUGAGAAAAUUCGAGAGAUGUUCAUGUCUGAAGCAGGCAAAAUAAGCCAAAAGAUAAAGGUGUGGUUCAGUGACUAUUUUAAUGUGUCGGACUUUCUGGCCAUUGUGAUCUUCUUUAUCGGCUUUGGCUUGAGGUUGGCCGGAGGCGAAGCCUUCGUCCCUGGCAGGACAGUUUAUUGUCUUAAUAUCAUCUUCUGGUAUGUGCGACUCCUCGAUAUCCUGGCUGUCAACCAGCAAGCUGGGCCGUAUGUCACGAUGAUUGCUAAAAUGGUGGCCAACAUGUUUUAUAUUGUGGUAAUUAUGGCUAUAGUCCUGCUGAGCUAUGGCGUCCCCAGGAAAGCCAUUCUGUACCCACACGAGGAGCCCAGCUGGAAGCUGGCCAAAGAUGUGGUCUUCCAACCGUACUGGAUGAUGUACGGGGAAGUGUAUGCCUAUGAAAUCGAUGGUAAGGACGAUGAGGAUGGUAAGGGAGAUUAUGAGGUGUGUGCCAAUAACAGUGAAAAUUCAGUGAAGACCCUUUGUACGGCAGGAGUGUGGCUGACUCCUCUCCUACAAGCAGUCUACCUCUUUGUACAGUAUAUACUAAUGGUCAACCUUCUCAUUGCCUUCUUCAACAAUGUUUAUAUACAGGUGAAGUCCAUUUCUAAUCUGGUGUGGAAGUACCAGCGUUACCACUUCAUUAUGGCCUACCAUGAGAAGCCUGUGCUCCCCCCUCCCUUCAUCCUCCUGUGCCAUAUCUACUCCCUCUUCUGUAUGUGUAGAAAGAGGAAGAAGGAAAAUACCUAUGGGCCAAAGCUGUUUCUCACUGAGGAAGACCAAAAGAAGCUUCACGAUUUUGAGGAGCAGUGUGUGGAGACAUAUUUUCAUGAAAAGGAUGAUCAGUUUCACUCGGGGAGUGAGGAGCGCAUACGUCUUACCUCAGAAAGAGUUGAGACCAUGUGUUUGCAGCUGAGGGAGGUCGGGAACAAGGUCAACUUUAUAAAACGCUCUUUGCACACACUGGACUCCCAAAUCGGCCACCUGCAGGACCUUUCAGCUCUGACUGUGGACACACUGAAGACCCUCACUGCUCAGAGGGCAUCGGAGGCCAGCAAGGUCCACAAUCAGAUCACCCGGGAGCUCAGCCUAUCUAAGAAUGUGGUCCCCAGCAUCGCCCCUGUGGCAACAGACACCGGCCCCCACUCCAAAUCAUCCAUGAUAGGCAAACGCAGUGUGGGACCCUACUUUGGCUCCUCUUUCCCCCAGGCAGGAGUCGACAUAGCAGAUUCUCUUUUUGGGAUUGGUGCAGGGGGAGGGGCUGGGACGGAAAGUAUCCGGAGAAUCUGGCCCAGCCCUGGAGCAGGACUGGGGCUGGACUCCAACCUGAACCCAGCAUUGAGUCCAGAGAGGAGGGAGUUGUUUGGGCUUGGGCACCUUGCUGCAGAGGCUGGUUCCUCAGGCAGUGCUGGCUCCAGUGCCUUUGUCCAUAAUGCUAUGGCCAUUUCCCCUCCGGAGCUGCGUCUCCGAGGCCACUCUCUCACCCAGAGUAAGCUGACCCGUCCACAAGAGCCGGGCCUUUCCGACUCCCCAUCCAGCCUGCCCAACGUACCCUCCCCCGGGGCUCACUUCCACAUCAGCAGCACCCCAUCCCAGCCCAGUGGCUCCAGCCACCCGGAGCUCCCUCUAGCUGGGGUUUACCAGCGGCCCCUCCAGCCAGACAGCACCACUGUAGAGUUUGGUGCAUUUAUAGGACAUAAAGACAGUUUCAACCUCGAGCACUCCACACCCAAAGAGACCUCCACCUCCAGCAGACCGCAAAGCCCCGCCACACAGACCAGAUCGCAGCAGGAUCAGCCUGAAGGUCACGGUCAUAUCAGAGCUGUCAACUCCUAUGCCGGCUUCACAGAGUUUGACAGAAACCCGGCUUUUCUCCAUCCUGACCCCACACUAACAAAGAAGGACAAAAGCAGGGUGUCAGCUGAAGACAUCCUCAUCCAUGAUGACCCCAGGGCUGCAGUACUGGAAAAAGUUCAGGUCAAAUCAGCCCAAGCUAGCAGCCUGCGAGCCCCUGGUGAAGAUACUCUAAAUGCUGCAGUUUCUCUCUACAUGCCACGACACCCCCACCUGGGAGCCAGAAAGGACUCUAUUGGCUCACCUUUCAAGCCCAUGGAAAGCUACCAGUACUCAGCUGUUGAGCGCAACAACUUGAUGAGGCUGUCCCAGAGCAUCCCUUUCACUCCUGUGCCCCCUAGAGGGGAGCCGGUGACUGUGUACCGUCUGGAGGAGAGCUCCCCCAACACCAUCAACAACAGCAUGUCUUCCUGGGCCCAGCGGGGCCUCUGUGCCAAAAUAGAGUUCCUCAGCAAGGAGGAAAUGGGCGGAGGACUCAGACGGGCCCUCAAGGUUCUCUGUACUUGGUCAGAGUACGACAUCCUGAAACCAGGACACCUGUAUAUAGUCAAGUCCUUCCUUCCCGAGGUGGUCCACACUUGGCAGAGCAUCUACAAGGAGGACACUGUGCUGCACCUUUGUCUCAGGGAAAUUCAGCAACAACGAGCUGCUCAGAAGCUGACAUUUGCCUUCAACCAAGUCAGGCCGAAAACGAUUCCUUACUCUCCGAGGUUUCUGGAGGUGUUUCUGCUCUACUGUCACUCUGCCGGACAGUGGUUUGCAAUAGAAGAGUGCAUCACCGGGGAGUUCAGGAAGUUCAACAACAACAACGGUGAUGAGAUCGUCCCCACCAACCUCCUGGAGGAAACCAUGCUGGCCUUCAGCCACUGGACCUAUGAGUACACCCGCGGAGAGCUGCUGGUGCUCGACCUGCAGGGUGUUGGGGAGAUUCUGACAGAUCCUUCGGUCAUAAAGAGCGGUGAGAAGGGAUCUUAUGAUAUGAUAUUUGGACCGGCCAACCUGGGGGAUGAUGCCAUUAGGAACUUCCGAGCAAAACACCACUGCAACUCCUGCUGUCGGAAACUCAAGCUUCCUGAUCUGAAGAGGAACGAAUACACCCCAGAUAAGGUGACGUUUCCACAAGAAGACCCUCCCAACCCAGGGGGCGGCGUCAAGGAGUCCCGCCAAUCAAUGAGGCUGAUGCUGUGAUCGGUUUAAAGCAGUAGAGAGAGAAUGUGAAUGAUGACGAGGCAACGCUAUUCUGAUUAAUUUUAGUCAAAGCCAAGGAACAGAGAGGUGCACCCAAUCAACUGGAAGAAUCACACCUGGGUUUCCAUGGAAACCAGUGCAUGUAGACUGUCAUGUUUUAGUUGUUCCCACCAAAAUGCUGUGUCGCACACAAUUCAAUUAUCUUAACCUUUUAUUUUGUAGCAUAUACAUGGGGGAAAAAAUGUUAAACAUAUUUUGUACACAUUUAUGAACAUAUGUAUGUAUGUAUGUAUAUAUAUGUGUGUGUGUGUGUGUGUGUGUGUGUGUGUGUGUCUGUGUGUAUAUAUAAUAUAAUAUAAUAUAAUAUAUAUAUUAUAUAUAUAUCAUAUUAUAUAUAUAUUUUAUAUAUAUACCUAUGAACUGGAUAUAUCAACUGGUACAAUAUCAUUGCAGAGGGUUUAUUAUUUAUUAUGAAGUUUGAGAAGUUGCCUUGUUUUAACGAAAAAGAAAAAAAAGAACAAAUCUAAGUGCAUUGUACAUCUGUUACAGCAGCUCCAGAGAGGACAGGCUGCUGAGAUUUAAUCACUGCAACACUGCAGUUUGCCACCAGAUCAUUUUUAUAAAUGUAUAAAGACUUGUAUCACAACUUUUUGUGUCUUAGUUUAUGAAAAUAUACAUGAAUUUGAAAAUCUUGUAAGAUAUGGGCAGAUUGCAAUGCAACUUUAACAGAACAAUGUAUGUAAUUUUAUUGUAUUGAAAGUGUGUCCGCCAAAAUAUUGCUGAUAGUUUUUAUUGUUACAAAGGUACUAUUGCUAUAUCUUUGUCAUCAACUGUUGUAAGAGCAAUCUAGUGUAUCUUAUAGAUACUGUUAUCUGGCAUGAGCUGAACAGAUUAAAAUAUUUUAUUCAGGGGAACUGACAAAGUUAAGGGUAUUACUGUAUACAUUUUGUACUGGAUAUCAUUUUAAACAAAUAAAAUGUUAAAAAGC